AUGAGGACACACUCUCUCACCAUUAGAGCUCCCUGCACCCAGAGUGAAGAGACUGCAGACCCAAGAGUGGAGAUCCCCACCACUGACCAAGGGCAACCUGAAGCUUGUUUUGGCAGCUCUGGGAGUCCGGAGCUGGAUGGGAAGCUCCACUGUGGCCCUCUAGUAUUUGGUCCCAUUAUUUGUAAAGAAGAACUGGGCAUCACGACCACUCAGAGAAGGAAGAGGCCCCAAGGCCGGAGGGAGGGCUCUGGGGAGCCGGGCCGCAGCGCCUUCCGAGCCGGCGAAGUUUGGAAUCCGCCGCCGAGCGCGGCGCUGGGGAGGAGAGGCCACAGGGCCGCGCGGAGACGGGUGCCUCGCGCGCUCGAGCUCACAGAGGCGCCCUGCAUCGCGGGAACCGAGUCUCGGGCCGGGGCGCGCCGGGCAGAGGGCUGGACCCACGGCGGCGGGAAACCCGGCGCGCGCGGGGCGCAGGGGAGUGGCUCCGCGCAUGCUCGGUUGGCGGGCCCUCCGCCUUGGCCGGGCUCGGGAGGCGCCGAAGCACCCGGGAGCCGCCACACGGCGCAGGCCAGGAUCGCCGGCAUGGGGACCUGGGGGCCGCGGGGUGCGGGCGCGGCCCCGGGGCGCGCGCCCUGGAGCUGGGCCCUGGCGCUGGUCUGGGUGGCGGCGGCCGCGGGCGGCACCUCCCGGCGCCAGUGGCCCGUGCCCUACAAACGCUUUUCCUUCCGUCCGGAACCGGAUCCGUAUUGUCAAGCUAAAUACACUUUCUGUCCGACUGGCUCACGUAUCCCAGUUAUGAAGGGCGAUGAUGUCAUUGAAGUCUUUCGGUUACAAGCCCCAGUAUGGGAAUUUAAAUACGGAGACCUCCUGGGACACUUGAAAAUUAUGCACGAUGCCAUUGGAUUCAGGAGUACCUUAACGGGCAAGAAUUACACAAUGGAAUGGUAUGAACUUUUCCAACUUGGAAACUGCACGUUUCCUCAUCUCCGACCUGAAAUGAAUGCUCCUUUCUGGUGUAAUCAAGGCGCUGCCUGCUUUUUUGAAGGAAUUGAUGAUAGUCACUGGAAGGAAAAUGGGACAUUAGUUCUAGUAGCGACCAUAUCAGGAAACACGUUUAACAAAAUGGCAAAGUGGGUAAAACAGGACAAUGAAACAGGGAUUUAUUACGAGACGUGGACUGUCCAAGCCAGCCCAGAAAAAGGGGCAGAGACAUGGUUCGAAUCCUACGAUUGUAGCAAAUUUGUGUUAAGGACAUAUGAGAAAUUGGCUGAAUUUGGAGCAGAGUUCAAGAAGAUAGAAACCAACUAUACAAGAAUAUUUCUUUACAGUGGAGAGCCUACUUAUUUGGGAAAUGAAACAUCUAUUUUUGGACCAACAGGAAACAAGACUCUUGCUUUGGCCAUAAAAAGAUUUUAUUACCCCUUCAAACCGCAUUUGUCAACUAAAGAAUUUCUCAUGAGUCUUUUGCAAAUUUUUGAUGCAGUGAUUAUACACAGACAGUUCUAUUUGUUUUAUAAUUUUGAAUAUUGGUUUUUACCUAUGAAAUUCCCUUUUAUUAAAAUAACAUAUGAAGAAAUCCCUUUACCUAACAGAAACAAAACACUCUCUGGUUUAUAAAACCUUAAUUCUGUUGCUCUUUUUUUCGCCUACCACCAGCAUAUCAGUUUUUCAGGGCCUGCCUGGUUUUACAUUUGUGGAUUUCUUAGUCCUUUCUUCCUUGGGGCAGAAAGGUAAAAUGCACAUGGGCAGAAUUGCUGCAUAAUAAUAUCUCAGGACUUUUUUUGAAAAGAAGCUGAAAUUCGUUGGCCAAAGUGAGCACGUUAGAUGAUCUUGAUUUCAAUCUCCAAGGCUUUGUUAAUAUGAGUUACAGUUCAUAUCAGAUAUAUAGGAUCUUUGAACCCAAUAUUUUAAAAUUGUGGAUAUGGUAUGCCAAGAUUUUAAAAUACCCUCAGUGACAUUUUCAUGGUGGGUGGUCCUUUUUUUCUGGUAUGGUGGUUACGGUUUUUCAUUUAAGUACUUUUUAGACUGACUGUACAGCUUGUGUAACUUUUGGAACCAGGUCUAAUAGUUGAUUUUGUUCUGUUCACUUAACCUUAAAGUCUAAUUUGGACACCAUAGCUGGGGAGAGGUUGUGCUUCCCCGUGGGGUAAAUACAGUGCUAAAGAGCAUGGCUAGCAUUUUAGAACUGGUCAAUAACUGGCAUUUUGUGAUUUAAGCUGCUUAACAUGUCCAAACCUUAGUUUCCUUAUCUCUAAAAUGAUUCAUCUGUCAGGAUUGUUGUAAAGAUUGAAGCCAUGUGUGUUUGGCAUAGUAAGUUCACACAAUAAAUGGUAUUUAAUGGUAUUAAACGGUAAUAGUUGGUAUUUAAUCACAAUAUAACGAUUAAUCAAGGAACAAACUGCCAUCCUUGGUCUCGCCUAAUGUAGUUCACAUGCCAGCCUUUCCUGGGUUUUGUAAUAAUCACCUAGACUUGGAGCUGACAGCAUAGUGCUUCUGCAGUUCUUCAAACACGUGGGGCAUGAAAGUAUCUGACUGCAGACACAUCUGGGUGGAUAUGUGCCCUCCGACUCCUUCACUGCUUGCUGUGUCCUCCCUCUGCCCACCAAAGCUGCCAGCUCAGUGGAAGAGGUUUCACUUCCCAGAGAGAGGACAGAUAUUGUCAAUGAUCUCCAAGUAGCAGUGCUUCCAUCAGGCCAUCAAAUAAGAUUUCAAGGUCCUUUAAGUGUUUGAUGAUCAACUGAACACAUUCUUUCUAUUCAUGGAAAAAACACCAAUCCGUAAGAUGACGAAGCAGAGAUCAGAGAAAACAAUCCGUGUUUACUAUGUAAAUGUACCAAUUAUAUCAUUCAGUUUCUACUAACAUUUGAGUGCUUCCUGAGAGGUUUGGGACAUUAUCAUAGAGUUCUCAUAAAAAGCCUAAACAUAGAUAUUAUUUACCUGAUCCAAAUGAGUAAACUGGGGCUUAGAAAGGUUAAGUGAUCUUUCCACAGCUACCCAGCUAGUGGUAAUGGAGCCACAGUUUGGACCAGGCUCUGCUAACUGAACGGGAUGCACUAUCAAAGCCAGUUUUUCAGCACUACUCGAAGGGUGGUCCUCAGACCAGUGCCUGCACCGUAUUUACUAACACCAUGUGUUACUGGUCUGUGAGGGGAUCAGUACAGAUGCUGAUAGGAAGCAUUUAAACUUUUAAAGCAACUUCUUGAAUUUUGUUUCUGUUGAAUCUCAUUAAAAAAUUGGGGCUUGUA